CACGUCUCUUUCUACUAAAAGGAUCCCUCCUCUGGCGUCAAGACUAGAAAUUCUAGUAUUUAAGGCGGCAUCACCUCCAUCUCGCUUUAUAUUUUCUCUCAGCAACUCCCCUUGGAUCUGUUUCCAAUUGACUCCAAUAUCAGUUCCAAAAGGGGAAUUCAUAAGGAGUUGAUUUGCAGAACCAAUCCAUAUGGAGCACGAGGAGCAGCAGGCCAUGGACCUCCCGCCGGGCUUCCGCUUCCACCCGACGGACGAGGAGCUCAUCACGCACUACCUGGCCAAGAAGGUCGCCGACGCCCGCUUCACGGCGUUCGCCGUCUCCGAGGCCGACCUCAACAAGUGCGAGCCAUGGGACCUGCCAUCGCUGGCUAGGAUGGGGGAGAAGGAAUGGUACUUCUUCUGCCUCAAGGACCGCAAGUACCCGACGGGCCUGAGGACGAACCGGGCGACGGAGUCCGGGUACUGGAAGGCCACGGGCAAGGACAAGGACAUCUUCAGGGGCAAGGGAACCCUCGUCGGCAUGAAGAAGACGCUCGUCUUCUACACGGGGCGUGCGCCCAAGGGCGAGAAGUCCGGCUGGGUCAUGCACGAGUACCGCCUCCACGGCAAGUCCACCGCAUCGUCCAAGAACGAGUGGGUGUUGUGCAGGGUGUUCAAGAAGAGCCUGGUGGGCGUAGUAGCGUCGUCGGCGUCGGCGUCGGCGGCAGUGAAGAAAGGCGCCAUGGGGAUGGAAGACACGAUAGGGACGUCCUCCAUGGCCGCCGUCGGUACUACACAGCUCCCUCCGCUCUUGGACAUGUCCGGCUCCGGCUUCGUCGACCCGGCCGCUGCACACGUGACCUGCUUCUCCAACAACGCGCUGGAGGCGGCGGGCGGCCACGGCCACGGCCACGGCCACUUCUUCAACAGCGCAACAGCCGACGAUCACCAUCACGGCGGCCUAGGCGCCGCGUCCUCCUCUUCCACGCCGUUCUUGGCGAACUACGCGCAGUACGGGCUGGUGCAGCUCCUCGAGAGCAGCAGCGGGUACCGCGGCCUCGACAUGGCAGCGCCGUGCAAGCAGCAGCAGCAGCCGGCCGCUGCCGCGUGCAAGGAGAUGCUGAUGAGCGCGUCGCAGGACACCGGGCUCACCUCCGACGUGCACCCCGAGAUCUCUUCUUCCUCCGGCGGCGCCCAAAAGUUCGACCAUGAGCCCGCGCUCUGGGGCUACUAGUUAAUUAAGGGAAUAUUGAUUGAUUGAAUUAUAUCGUUAGUGCAUUUGCCGGUGCCUUAUUACUUACUGUAAAUAAACCCUGCGAGAUAUAUGAUGGAGAGGCAUAUGCAUGCACCGGAUCGGAGCUAUGAAUGAUAUAGCUUCACUGUCUGUACAUAUAGUUUGUAGAUUCCUUCGUGUGGUGAUUUGGGAGUGUAAUUAGCAUUAUUGUAUUGAUCCAUCCAUAUAGUCCAUCAUCAUUUUACCAGGUUAAUCCAAUUCCAUCUUGGCGA